AUGGAGAUGGAGGUGGUGGAGCUGCCGGUGGCAGCUACCGGCGGCGGUGCCCACGGCGCGCCGCCGUGCUUCGACUGCAGUAUAUGCCUGGAGCCCGCGCGCGAGCCGGUGGUCACGCGCUGCGGCCACCUCUACUGCCUCGUCUGCAUGCGCCGCUGGAUGCGCUCCGCCGACCACUGCCCCGUGUGCAGGGCAGCCGUGUCCGAGGGCCGCCUCCUCCCGCUCUGCCACGACCACAGCGACCUGCGCUGCUUUCACGUCCGGCCCACAGCCGCCAUCGUCAACAACAACAGCAACCACUGGGGGGCUAGCUGGGUGUGGCAUUCCAACGCCGGCUGCCUCAUCAGCAGCGCGGCGGCGGCCGUGCUCCCGUGGGCGUUCCCGGUGCCACCGCGGCCGAUGAUCGUCGGCGACGGCCACCGGCGGGUGAAGCAGUCGUUGCACCAGUUAUGGCUCUUCCUCGCCGUCGCCGCGCUGCUCUGCUUUCUCCUCUGCUAUUAA